AUGGAGACUGCAGAGAACUUACAAAUGAGCUGGACGGUUAUUAGAAAGUUUCACGGUUUUAUCAAAAUUAGGUAAGGUUGGAAAAAAAGGUUUUUCAAACGAAAAUUUAUCAAAUUAAUCUUUAGACCUGAAUUUCAGUCAUUUUUAGUUCAGUUUAGAUAGCGGUUAAAUAGGAUCUUUAUUUUUAUAAAUCUCAGCAAAUAGUAAAUUUUAGUAAAACUGAGAAAAAAAAUAUGCCUUUUUUUGAAAACUCUUUUUCGGUUUCUACUUACUCGAUAGAGCGAAAUUUUUCAAAGCAUCAUCACGAUCUCGUAGCUCAACCCGAAUAGCUGUUAGAAAGAUUUUUGUGCUUUUAAAAAUGGAAGUGAAAAUUUACAUGUUUCUUCCUACACGUUUCCAUAAUUUACAACGGAAUACGUUCCAGGAAAUUAAACUUUUUGAUACUAUAAAAAUAUUGGAAAAAUGAGAUAAUUUGGAAGAAAAGCUUUCAUUCGAACGAGGUAGAAGUAUUCUUCUCUUCGAGAAUCAUAGAAGGGAAAAAAUGUUGUGAUUUUUUUGUUCAAAUCUUUCCUAAAAUAGCAUAUUGCUUUUUCUAUGCUCUUGUGUUCGGUUUUUGGACUGAUGAAGCCUUAAUAAUUUUGAACUUCUCGAUUCUUGACUUUCGGUUUUCUAGCAGUUUAUGGAAGUUUUGAGAUAUAACCUCAGAAUGGUUUUCAUGUUGAGUUCUUUGACAAUUCCUGACAGAAAUGCUCUUUGUCGUAGGUUGAAAGGGAAUUCUUAUCUGAACUCCGACCUCAGUUCCAACAGCCAGCCGAUCAAAAUGUUGGCGGUGUGCCGGCGGCUGACGCAAUAGCGCCGUUGGGCCGUGUCAUGGCGCCUCGCGCCGCCUUCGAUCCUCACUUUCCUAUAUAACCGCUGGCACCUCCUCAAUGGCUCCAUUUUCAUUGGUAUUCAGUUCAACGACAAACAAAAACAAGAUGCAACAGCCUUCUCUGUGGGUCUUCGGCUACGGCUCCCUCAUCUGGAAUCCUGGCUUCGAUUACAGUCUGAAACAGAAGGCCUACGCCAUCGGCUGGGUCCGCAGAAUGUACCAGGGCAACGUCUACCAUCGCGGCAACGAAAAAUUGGUUUGUUUUAACCUCAAUCUUAAUCUGAAGCUCCAGCUCGGAAAGAAAAGUUGAAAAAGCCGCUCCGAAAAUCCAGAAAAGGGCUGAUAAAACUGUUAUUUGGUUUUUAUCAUUCGUAGUAUAUGAUAAGCCCAAACUUUCAAAUGUUCGAAGUUUAAUAAAGAAUCGCGAUUUUUCCCCUUCAACUUAAGAUCUUGUUCAUUUUAAGGGAAGCUUGUAUUCUAAUUUUCGGAGUACCAGAGGCUCACUUAUUCAAUUUUUUGAUUUUAUGUUUGAAAAACGGAAGGUUUCGGGUUUUUUCUGCUCCUUGGCCUCCUUGAACUUUCCGCUGCUCCUCAAACUAGUACAAAUCCUCUCAUUCGAUGCCCUCUACUUCCUGGACGCGCAAUUUCUGCGACGGCUUCCCCCAAACGCGUCUCUUUGCCGUCUCUCCUCUCCGACCCUCUCAAUUUUUCGUAUAGUUGCUUUCUUUUGCAGCUGUUUUAGCCUCUGAGGCACGCUUGUGGCACGUGACAAGCUUGCUGAAAGAGGGAGGAGAGUGAUGGGAAAACGUAAAGCAAAAAUGACUAUUGUUCCUUUGAACCAAAAAAUGUGUUUGUUUUCAUGAAUCAGAUGAAGUCAAAUUAAAAAUCAAGCGAAGGGAAAGAACAAAGGAUUUUUCAGCCGGGACGCGUAGCGACGAUGGUCGAAGAAGCGAGUUCGAUCACCAACGGCGUCGCCUUUCGAAUCGACGGCGUCAAAGGCAUCACUUCAGCCAUCGAACAUCUCCGAGAAAGAGAGGUUAUUGAAAACCUUUGAGCCAACUCCUAACCACUGGUCUGCAGGUUGACAACGGCUACAGUUUCCGAAUGAUCUCGGUGGAGCUGGCCGACGGAUCAAUGGUCCGAGCUCUAACUUGCGUCGCUGACGUCAGCUACUCCUACUAUCUGGGGCCUGAUGAGCUCGAGAAGAUGGCUCGUGACAUUUUGAAUGCUCGUGGAUGCGCAGGACCCAACUGCGAGUGAGUCUGAGCCAUUCCAUAGCUCUCACCUCAGAUAUCGACUUCAGAUACGUCUUGAAGCUCGCGGAGCACGUGCGUCUUCUGUUCCCGGAAGACGACGACGAACACCUUUUCGGCCUGGAAAUGAUCGUCAGAACCGCCCGAGUUCUUGCCUAA